AUGCUCCUCCUUCCUCUCACCUACCACGACCCUAACAACCUUCCACUUUUCAGGAAGUCUUCCAGGAGCAGAAAAAAAAAAAGCUCAACCAACUCUAACUUUGGUACACUCACAGAAGACGACUCUUCCACACUUUAUUCAACAGACUUGUCUACAACAACAGAAGAUAAUUCUACCAUAUAUAAUGGUGAACUUGUAUGGACUAAAAUAGGUAAUACAAAUAGUACUAAAUUCUUAGGUACCAUGCAAUGCAUAUACGCAGCACUAAGUGCAUUUCCUGUUCCGAAUAAUUGUACAAUUAUGGACACUGACCAUACUAACAUCACCCAGACAAUGUUCACUAAUAGAAAAACCGUAUUUGACUUCUCCUUCGAUUAUAAAGGAAUAAAGGAAAAACUGGAAUCUCAUGACAACACCUGUGAUAAAGGGUAUUACGAACACUUAGAUGGAGCUGUUAAAGCUUAUAAGGAGGUGCAAAAGGACUGUCAGGGCAAAAAUAAUGAUCUAUAUUGUAAUGAAUUUAAGAAAGUAUAUGGGGAAUGUACUCAAAAGAAGGAUUUCAAAGUUGAAUCUAAUACGGAAUGUAUAAAAACUCCUACAUCGGGUCUAAAGGGCAAUGAGUGCACCUUAGAGGGAACAUCUGAUAAGGGUAUUCAAAUAUAUAAGGACGUCAAAUUUGGAUGUGACCCUAAUUUUGUAUGGAGUCCAACAAUUUUCGCCAAUACGGCCUCUUCUGGGAAUACAGCAGUAGCCUCUGUUUUCUCCAUAUUUGGAGUGGUCGGAUUACCAACAAUGGCAUUCCUUUCAUAUAAGAAUGAUUUAAAUAGGUUACCUUCAAGAACAACAUAUCGUGAAUUUAACACAGAACAGAGUUACAUUGGCACAUUCUGUGCGGGGUCUGGAGAUGUGAUGGAUGGAAUAAAGGGUAUAUUGCCAGAAAACGGUGGAAAUGCUAAAGAUUAUGCAAAGAAGAUAUUAGGUGCAUAUUGUUAUGCAUCCUCAAAGGUGACAAAUGAGAGUCAAUCCUCUAGUGGCCUCUGUCUAUAUUUUUAUUAUUGGUUAUGGGAUCUAUUAAAGAACAAAUUGCAUAUUCCAUCCCCUUUGAACACUAUGAAAACCAUCUAUGAGAAAUUGAAAGAAGUUUCCAUCGAAGGGAAGAAGGGGUGUGCCCUUAUAUACGCUAAUAUUAGUGACGAAGGAUUUUUCCCCCAAGUAAAAAUACAUUUCGACUACAAACAGGACUAUGAGGAAUUAAUGAAGCAACUAAAUACACCCGCUAAAAAGUCUUGUACUGAGCAAUAUAACCAGCAUCUACAGGCCAUUCAUACAGCGUGCACUGUUAUGGGAGCACAUUGUCCUACGACAGGCUAUAAUGAUCGAUAUUGUGGCCCGUUUAAUGCAGCGAAGGCGGUGGAAAGUGGAAAUUACUGUAGCACAGAGAAGCUACAGGAACUGCAGUGUACACAAGUAUCUGAUCCUGCAGCUACACUUGAACCUGUGGUGGUUAAAGAUAACCACGAUUCCUCUAUGGAAGAAGGGAAGGGGGGACUUGCAGUGGGCGCAGGCCCAAUCGUCUCUUCCGCAGUGGCAACACUACUAGGAUUACCAGCAGCUGUCGCUUUCUUCCUUUACAAAUAUAAUCUUUUACCUUCAUGGUUUGGUAACAAAUUUGGAAGAGGCAGUGGCAGAAAAAAAAGAUCCGUGUUACGUGAAUUUGACACCUUAACAGACAACGACGACACUUCCAUAUUGUACACCACCGAUGCUUCCACAAUAGGAGGUUCAACAACAUUGGAUGCAUCUACCAUAUAUAAUGCAUGUAAGGGGGCGGAGGGAGUGUUCGGUUCUUUGCCGGAUGAUGAACGUUUUGCCUUAUUUUAUUAUUGGUUAGGUGAUAAAAUAAGAAAUGAAACAUCGAUAACAGGCUCUCUCUCAAUGGUUAUGCCGAAAAUUUAUGAACAACUGCAGAAAUUCGAUUCUAAAUGUUCCCAAAGGCUAAAACACUAUUCUAAUACUACUACGACUCUAAUAAAAUACAGAACCAAGUACUAUGAUAAAUUCGAUGCGCCUACUGAGAGUGAAUGUCCUGGAACUUGUGCCGACCCUAAUAAGUUAAAAACUCAAUUAAACAGUAAAUUCAACGACUGUACAAACAUUAUUAGUAACGCUGAAAAAAUUGCGAAGGCUUACUGUUGCGCAUCUUGGAUGAAUGAGCAACAAAUCUACAAAAAUAAAGAACCUUGUGAAUUUUUUUAUUAUUGGUUGGGAAGUACAUACUGGGACAAAUUAAAUGGUAAGUCAUUAUAUGAACUUUUGAACAAAAUUUACACUACGCCGAAUAUAACUUCUUAUACGAAUCCAUGUAGAAUUCUAUACGAUGAUGUUGAAAAAAUUCUUUUCCAACAAAGAAAAACACUAUUCGAGUGGUGGCACGACCACAAUGAUAUACAAAAAAUAUUAAAGGAAAAUGUGUCCGAAUGUAGUGAACAAUAUGGCCAUCACAUAGAUGGAAUAUUUUCAUCCUAUUUUGUUGUAAGUGCACACUGUACUGAAAACAAAAGCAAAAAUGAUUCUUACUGUACUCAAUUUUGGAAAGAACAUAAAGCAGACAUUCUGGCAAAACUGAUAAAAUUACAAUGUGCAUCAGACACUAAACUACAAAUAGCAAAAGAAGCAAAUGACGCACAUUCCCGUCAGAUACAGGAACUAACAAGAAAGAACCAGCAGGAAGCAGUCGCAGCAAAAGCAGCAGCCACUAAAGAAAAAGACGAUGCCGUAAGUAAAGCCACCACCACCUCUUCGCUUUCUUCUAUAUUUGGCACACUCGGAAUGACAGUUGCUCCCUUCUUAUUGGAUUUACCUUCUGAACAAGUGUACGAUACAUUCAGGAAUGGUAUAACAUGUCAAGUACAUAGUGAACAAGAGAGUUUGGCCGUGCAAGUUAAAUCUAUAUUAGUAACUACAUUAUAUAAGUAUGGGAACAUUAAUGAGUAUGCAGAGAAAAUUAUGGGUGCAUGGUGUUCUGUAAUUAAAGAGAAAAGGGAAGGCGUUAAGCUGGAUAAUAAUGUGUACUAUCUUUUUUAUUACUGGCUGGGAGAUGUAGUAUUAAAUAAUAUGAAAACGGGUGAAUCAUUCCAGAAUAUUAUGAAUGAAAUAUAUUACUUCCUGUGGAUGUUGGUUCCGAAGGAUGAAUGCGGAACUAUAUAUACGGAUAUUGACCAAGACAUCUUCAAACGGAGGAAAAUACUAUUCGACUGUUGGUACAACUAUAGUACCAUAGAAGGUCAAUUAAGGUCACCUGGGCCUCAGUGUAAUAAAAAAUAUGAGAAAUACCUGGAGGAAGCUGUUUCAGCGUAUGAUAAGGUGUGGAACGAUUGCAACCCUGAUGGUGUCUCUGGUGGAGAAGGAAAAGGAGGGAGUGACGGUGGUGGUAGUCACAGAAAAGAAGGGGAAGAAGCAGAUGCUAACAGUGUCGUACCUACUGCUGUGGGUAGUACAUUAGCUGCAGUAGGAUUACCUGCCUUAGCAUAUUUUUUUUACAAGUAUAAAUCACACCUCUUCUUCCUUAAGGGGAAUAACUCCUCUGGAAAUGGAAGAAGCAGAAGUAAAAGGUCAGCCAUUAGGAGAAAAUUUAAUGAUAUAAAGUGUCCAAAGGAAGGAAAUAAACCACCAGUUGGGGUGGACUGUUCCUUUCUUUAUUAUUGGAUAGGCAGCAAAGUAUCAACUGAGGAUGUGGAGGACAAGGAUUUUAAGAAUAUUAUGGGAGGCAUAUAUGAAAAGGUUAAGGAAGUUAAAAGUGUGCAGGGAUGUGGAAAUUCAUGGCCUAAAGUAUCUAAGGAACAGUUCGGGAACUUGGAACAAUUAUACAAAUAUACAAAAAAUUAUGCACACAUAAGAAGUAAAAUAGGGAAUGGGGGAAGUGAUAUGUGCCCCUUAAUAUAUAGGAUGUACGUGAAUGAUGCUGUUAGUCCAUAUAGGAGAGUACACCAAUGCUGUGGCAGUAGUAGUCAGGGAGAAUAUUGUACCGAGUUCCAUAGAAUGUUUAGUAGUAAUGGAGAAGGUGAACAAAUUGAGGAACCAUCAAAGCUACUAAUCCAAUUGGGAGGUACAGUAGAUACUGCAGCACAUAAGGAGACUGCAUUAGGGGACUGUGGAGUAAGGAUCAAUGAAGUUAGUGCUGCAGAAUUAGAGGUAGGUGCGCAAGCUGAAGGUAGCGCUACCAGCAUCCCCACUACCGCCGCCCCAAUUGUCUCCUCUGCACUAGGCACCAUAGCAGUAGGAUUACCAACAAUGGCGUUCCUAUUGUACAAAACAUGUCCACAUUAUUUACAACAGAAGUUGCCUCAACCACUGGUUCUACGGAUGUGUCUACCAUCUAUAAUGACAGACCACCACCACCGAGACGUGGAAGGGCAAAUACUAAUAGAAGGAACGGGAAUAAUAGAAAUAAUAUUCGUUACCAUCCCUAGUUUGAAUAAGCACAUAAGGAAAGAAUACUCUCAGAAAGGGGCGCAAACAUAA